CAAGUGCUAACUUAGUAAGGGGACGACUACCGGACCACGGAGUUCCUCCUGGCUCCAUACCAUCGCAACCAUAAUGCGUUUCUUUGACGAUUUGGAUUUCUUGCCUCGUAAUGGAUGGCAUCAUCAGCUAUUCCUUUCGCCUUUCACCUUGUCUUUCAACUCGAUAUCACCCCGGGAAGCCGCCUGAUACAUAGAUCCUCAUCGGCGCAUCCGGCAUCUACCGGGAAGGCAGAUGCCGAAGCACGCAACAGCUUCAUGACAGAAUUAUAGUGUAGUGGUUGGAUCUGUACAGGAGUAUUUUACCCAGCGAGCGGAUCGAGGCGAUGCCGGAGCGACCUCUUACCAUCGCUACAUAUGCAGCCGGCGCGUCCCUCGCUGCGAUCACGCUCGUCUACGUCUUUGGUCCCACGUUCUUCCUCGAUCAUGAAGAGCCCGGCUCCCAGAAACGCGGCGCCGUCGGCCUGACCAACUACGCGAACGACUGCUUCAUCAACUCCAUUCUCCAAGCGCUCGCCGGCCUCCCAGACCUCCGCAAGUACCUCAUCCGCGAAGUCCACCGCCGCAAGCUCGACGGCAUCGACGUCUACUCCGCCACGCCCGAUGAGAUCACCGGACCCACCCUCAAGAGCCGGGAGAUCACCCUGUCGAAGCUCGAAAGCCUGAGGCAGGGGAUCGUGACGCAUGCGUUGAAGGACGUGCUGGAUAAUUUGAAUGAACGGCCAAUCGCGCGGAAAACGAUCUCGGCGCAGGGCUUCAUUGCGGCGUUGGAGCAUGGGUUUCGGUCGCGGAUCAGCAGGCAGCAGCAGGAUGCGCAUGAGUUUCUGCAGCUGGUGACGGAGAGGCUGCGCGAUGAGUACCAUGCGGGUCGGAAGGCGAGGGCGAGGGCGCGGAGAUUCGGUUUACAAGUACCGGAGAUCGGGGUUCAUCCGGACGUGGCGGACGGGGAAACAAAGCAGGGAGAGGCUACGGAGGAGAAUGAGCAGGAUGAUACGGUUGAGGAUGUCGCCGAGGACGGGUUUCCGUUCGAGGGGAAGCUGGAGUCGCAUAUUGAGUGUCAGACAUGCGGGUUCAAGCCGAAGCCCGCCGCGUCGCAAUUCGUGAUAUUCACGCUGAACGUCCCGCAAACCUCCAUUACGACGCUCAAUCGCUGCUUCGAUGGGAUGUUCAAAGUGGAGAACAUCGACGACUACAAAUGCGACCGGUGUCGAUUAGAGCAUGCGAUUGCCAUCAAAGAACACGAGCUGUCGCGGACGGAUCCAGAGUCCGCCCGACACAGCACGCUUACCUCAGAGAUCUCCCGUCUCAACGACGCCAUCAUCACCGACCCCGAGAACCCACCCCCCGACGUCCCCCUCCCCGACCGCAAACACGCCCCGAAGCGCCGCAUCCAACGCCACUCCCAAAUCUCCCACCACCCCAAAAUCCUCGCUAUCCAUCUCUCCCGCUCCAUCUACAGCAUGGCCUCCUCCACCAAAAACCUCGCCAAGGUCCACUUCCCCGAAACCCUGUCCCUCGGCUCCCUCCUCGACGUUAAGACCUACCGCCUUCUCACCGUCGUCACCCACAAGGGCGGCCACAACAGUGGCCACUACGAAUCCUUCCGCCGCCAGAUCGCCAGCAUCCCCUUUAGUACAUCCGUCACCUUCGGUGCCGAGGGCGCGUAUAGCCGCGCCCAUAGCCCCAGCCUCAGCCACGCCGGAAGCCCCCAUUCCUCAGCGCUCCCAAGCGUCGCGCAGAGUCCCAAGCUCGGCGCCGUGCUGCCAGCGACGAACUCGGACACGACGGGCACCUCGAAAGGGAAGGAUGCAGAAGACGCAGGGAUCUCACUCAGCCCGCUGUCGCCCGGGUCGGUCCCUCAGAGGAUGAAAUCGCCGUCUCUCUCGUCCGUGUCGUCGCGGGAAUCGAUCGCCGCGCUGCGACGGCCCGCACCGACGUCCACCCCGCGAGACAUGCCGUCGGUGAAGUUGGUGUCGGACGAGUCCGGGUCGUCGGAGACCAGCGCAACCGGUAGACCAUCGACGUCACGGUCGAUCUUGAGCCGCUCGGCCACCGCGACGCCCGAAUCGGCGAAGCGGCCGCAGCGGAGCGCGUCGCAGCGGUUGUCGAGCGCGCAUGCGAAGCGGAAGGCGAAGAAGAGGGACGCGAAAUGGUGGCGGAUUAGCGACGAGAAGGUGAAGGAGUGUAAGACUAGCGAUGUGUUGGGGAUGCAGAAGGAGGUGUAUCUGCUGUUUUAUGAGUUGAUGACCGAUGAGUGAGAAGCUUACGCGAUGGACCGUGUGAUAGAUUUGGAUAUGUGGCAUUGGAAGCGUUGACAAUCUGUAGAUAUUGAAGCACCGUAUAUCGGGUCAGGAGGAGCGAAUCAACCGAUAAAGAGAUGUGUUUCCCGCGCAGUCCACGUCUUCCGUCUCCCGUUUGAGAAUGCUCUUACUUCUUCAUUUUGUCCAUGCUCUUUGAAUCUUGGCCUUCCUGCUCCCACGAGGUAUUUCAUCUGAGUCUUCUCGCCGUCUUUCGUGUACAAAGCUGUCAUUAAAUCCUAAGACCGGGGAUGAAUUUCGCAAGGAAUGGCCCUAGCGACGCUCAUGCUCUGGAUCCAUUUAUGGCUGGAGGUAAGACGUAUUGUGCUAAUAAAAGCAACCCGAACCCCACAUCUCGAAACUAUCCGUCCAGGUUCUACGUCUUGUCUGGGGAUCAGCGGCCUAUCCU